AUGGCCUCGAGACUCGUGCCCUUUGCCUGUAGAGUAGUCCCGCGUGUCUCGCGACCGUUCCAGAGGGCCCAAUGGCGAGCCUUCAGCCUCUCGCGACCGUCGUGGAACGAGAGCGGCUCGCUCAACGUUCACCGCGAUACACCCCAAAACAAUCUCAAGAUCCCAUUCAAGUUCACGCCGCAGAAUGAGGAGCUCAUCAAGGAAGUUGUUUCGCGAUACCCCUCGCAGUACAAAAAAGCAGCUGUAAUGCCACUGCUCGACCUCGGACAACGUCAACACGGCUUCUGCAGCAUCAGCGUCAUGAACGAGGUGGCGCGGAUACUCGAGAUGCCGCCCAUGCGUGUCUACGAGGUUGCCACUUUCUACACAAUGUACAACCGGGACCCCGUGGGCAAGUUCCACGUUCAGGUCUGCACGACGGCCUGUGAGGACGUACUGGGUGUACAUCACGGCGAGACGACACCAGACGGCCUCUUCACCUUCUCAGAAGUCGAAUGUCUCGGCGCAUGUGCAAAUGCGCCCAUGGUCCAGAUCAAUGACGAUUACUACGAGGACCUUACCUACGACUCCACCGUCAACCUGCUCAAAGCACUCAAGCACGCCGCGCAAGCCACUGGUGCCCAGCCUGGAGAUAAGGGUCUUGCUAGUGGGGCUGGAAAAGGUACGGCAACGGGAGAAGGCGCUGGCGAUGCCGUAGCAAACGCACAGGCUCGCCAAUACGAGGCUGGCGGCGUCAAGGUACCAUCGCCGGGUCCGUUAAGCGGAAGGGCGAGCUGCGAACCUGCUGGUGGGUUGACGUGCUUGACUAGCGAACCGUGGGGCAACGAGACUCUGAGGAAGGAUGGUGCUCUAUAA